ACGUUGUAUUUUGUAUACAAGAACCUGUAUGCGUUAUUGGAAUUUAUGCAAGCCAAGCAGUUAAGAAUUCUUCGCGACCGGGAAUAUGUUUUGUUACGGGCAUAUAGCCGUGAGAUACAGUUUAGCAGACUAAUGCAUGAAAUGGCAGAUGAAGACGAGCUCGCUGCUGGGAAGACUGUUGGAUAA